AUGUCGCAUAAUCAGUCCGCCGCUUGUUGCAAUACCCCCGUGGUGAUCAGCAAGGGCUAUAAAGAGAUGGGCAAGUACGCCACGGUGGACGGUCUCAAGACCUAUAUCACCGGACCCUCCUCUGCCAGCCACGGCAUCCUUGUGAUCUUCGACAUUUUCGGAUUCUUCCCGCAGACGAUUCAAGGUGCUGAUAUCCUCGCGCAUUCGAGCGAGAAACACUAUCAGGUCUUCAUGCCAGACUGGUUUGAUGGGAAUCCGGCCGACAUCUCAUGGUAUCCUCCGGAUACUGAAGACAAGGGCAGGAAGCUUGGAGCAUUCUUCAACACCGAAGCGGCACCAGCCAAGACAGUUGAUAGGGUCAUGAAGGUUAUGAACAAACUGCAGUCAAAUUACCCCAACAUGAAGAGUUGGGGAGUGGUGGGCUACUGCUGGGGCGGAAAGAUUGUCAAUUUAGUCUCACAGCAGGGAACGCCAUUCAAAGCAGCAGCGAGCUGUCAUCCGGCAAUGGUGGACCCUAACGACGCGCCUAAUGUCACAAUCCCUAUACUCUCCAUCCCGUCAAUGGAUGAAGACAAGUCAGCAAUGGCCCAGUAUGAGGCUGCCCUGAAAGUGCCAAACCGGACUGAAUGGUACGAUGAUCAGAUUCAUGGAUUUAUGGCUGCAAGAAGCGACCUUGAGAAUAAGAAGGUCAAGGCAGCAUACGAGAAGGCGUAUCAAACCUUGCUGACUUGGUUCUCUGAGCACUUGUGA